AUUCCACGCGCCAGCAAGCGAGGAAGUACCAGGCAGGCAGACAGUGUAUGCAUACAGUCGCGAGUUGUUUAUUUACUAGAUAGACAGUGUUAGCGGUGUAGUUGACGGCCAAUCUGCAUUUCUCGCCACCUUGAGUGUUUUCUUUCGGUACAUCUGCAGACGUAGGAGUCAAAUUGGUUGCCGCUAUCCGACGAACAGCAUCAGCUAACGUUAGCUGGCUAAUAGUUAGCGAACAGCGUUUACUUGCCAACAACUCAACUUGGCAAGAUUUGCAAUCAUUUUAGUUCGCCUAAAGGCUAUAUGAAUUGCCAUUAUUAGCAGUUGCUCUGAUGCUGGUUGCAACGAAAUUCUUUUAGUAAGGUUAGCCAGCCAGUUGUAGCUAACUAUCAAGACGCUACGAUGGAACUCAUGCUUGCAAGCUCAUCCUCCAAAACGUCUUCCAAUAUAAUGAGGGAAUAGGUAAUGAUGCAGGAUGACUAAAGACCCUAUGCACCAUGGCACAGACUGAAGUUCAUUGGGACCACCAGAUACCCUUACCAAAGCUUGCCCCACUCCAUGCCAAAAUCAUUGUGGCACUGGUGGCACUGCUCUGCUUUAUCAACAGCUAUGAUGGAGACUUUGUGUUCGAUGAUUCCGAAGCCAUUGUGAAUAACAAGGACCUGAACCCAGCCACACCCCUCAACAACAUCUGGAGAAAUGACUUUUGGGGAAGUAACCUGAGCAGCAACAACAGCCACAAGUCCUACAGGCCGCUCACUGUCCUCACCUUUAGACUCAACUACCUCAUGGCUGGUGGGCUGCACCCAGUAGGCUUCCACGUGCUAAACAUCGGCCUGCACAGUCUCAUAUCAGCGCUGAUGAUCGACAUGUUCUCAAUACUGCUCGGUGGCUUGGCAUACGAUGGGAAUGGGAACAGGAUCAGUCACGCACCCAAAGCCUCUCUCCUGGCUGGUCUUCUCUUUGCAGCGCACCCCGUUCACACCGAAAGCGUGGCAGGGAUUGUAGGCCGGGCAGACCUACUGUGUGCACUGUUCUUCCAGCUUUCCUUUCUGACCUACUGCAAAGCCUUCAGAGGAGGUAGUGAGAGAGAUGAGAAGUUUUCCAUCCAUUGGGUUGCUGUAAGCCUCUUGCUGUGCUCUGCGGCUAUGCUCUGCAAAGAACAAGGCAUCACAGUCCUGGGGGUGAACGCUGCCUUUGAUGUCCUUCUGAUCUGUAAUGUAAAUGUCUAUGAGCUGAGCCAAACGCUGUUCCUCAGGAGGAAAGCAGAAGAUGUGAGUGAGCGAGUGCGGACGGGCCUCCUGACCCGUUUGGCUCUGCUGGCCAUGGGCGGAGCCUUCCUGCUGUAUGCCCGCUGGAGAAUCAUGGGAACUGGCCCCCCCGCCUUCACCGAAGUAGACAACCCAGCAUCCUUUGCAGAAAAUGUAUUUCUCAGAAUAGUCAACUAUAAUUACUACUACUCACUGAAUGCCUGGGUGCUGCUGUGUCCCUGGUGGCUGUGUUUUGAUUGGUCCAUGGGCUGUGUGCCCCUCAUUAAGUCAGCGUUUGAUUGGAGGACGGCCUGGCUGCUGCUGCUCUGGUGCUUCCUGAUAGGCUUGAUAAGCCAAGCCUUAUGCUCACAGGACAGCCAGAGGAGGAGAACAUUGACCCUGGGUCUGGUGCUGCUGGUAGUCCCCUUCCUGCCCGCCUGCAACAUCUUCUUCAGGGUUGGCUUCGUCAUUGCAGAGAGGGUCCUCUACCUCUCCUCCGCUGGCUACUGUCUGCUACUGGCCUACGCCCUGGGACACUGCUGCGGCCGCUGGAGCAGACGCAAGGGGCUGCUCCGUGCCUCCCUGCUGGCCCUGCUAUGUGUGUAUGUGGCUCGCUGUGCCCUGCGCAGUCACCAGUGGCGCUCCGAGCAGAGCCUCUUCACCAGCGCCCUGUCAGUCUGUCCCCUCAAUGCCAAGGUGCAUUAUAAUGUGGGUAAGAACCUAGCAGACAGAGGGAACACCAGUGCUGCCAUCAAGUACUACAGAGAGGCAGUCAGGUUACACCCUAAGUACGUCCAUGCUAUGAACAACCUGGGCAACAUCCUGAAGGAGAGGAACGAAUUGGUGGAGGCAGAGGAGCUGCUGGCUAAAGCUGUACUCAUACAGCCGGACUUUGCAGCAGCGUGGAUGAAUCUGGGAAUAGUGCAAAACAGUCUGAAGAAGUUUAAGGAAGCAGAGCAGAGCUACUGGAACGCCAUCCAAUUCCGGAAGAAAUACCCUGACUGUUACUACAACCUGGGACGCCUGUAUGCAGACCUGAACAGACACCUAGAUGCUCUGAAUGCGUGGAGGAAUGCUACAGUACUGAAGCCUGACCACAGCCUGGCAUGGAACAACAUGGUCAUACUACUGGACAACACUGGCAACCUAGCCCAGGCGGAGGCGAUUGGCAGAGAGGCCCUAAAGCUCCUCCCUAACGACCACACCAUCAUGUUCUCAUUGGCCAACGUCCUGGGCAAACUACAGAAGUAUAAGGAGUCCGAAGGCUUCUUCCUCCAGGCUCUGAGGAUCAACCCAAAUGCUGCCAGUUGCCAUGGCAAUCUGGCGGUGCUGUACCAUCGCUGGGGGAAGCUGGAGCUGGCGAAGAAGCACUACGAGCUGUCUCUGAAGCUGGACCCAGACGCCCCAGGCACCCGGGACAACUACAACAUGCUGCGACGCAAACUGGACCAGCUUUACAGGACCACACCACCCUGAGGGACUCAACCACUGACUGCAUGCUGCGACACACACAAAUAACUGUUCAUUCCGGCUUUGUACAGUUUCCAUUCUAUUUAAGAAAUAAAGACUUUGUUCUGUGUAA